UCAAGAUUGUCUGUGAAAACGAGAAAAUGCCAGUCGGUAGAUCAUCUGAGCUGGAAAACAAUACAUCAGAUGAAGGGAACGAGAGGCAUUUGAAUGGAAGACUGGAGGAAAUCAGAUUGGCAGAUCGAAUCCAGAAAGACACCAUGGAGAGAGAUCAGGCGAGCCAAAGACGUAAUGGAGUGGAAGUACAACAAUGGUAUAACGAAAUGCAUAUAUGUUUGCGAUGCCCUAAUUUGAAGAAGGAACUCAACGAUUUAAAAACAGAAACAGACGCAUUAAAAAACAAAAUCAGCCAACUUGAGCAAAUGCGCGUAGAAGACGAAAAAGAAAAAGAAAAGAAAAGGAAGGACACGAAAAGGAAGGAAAAGAUAAUCAGAAAAAACAACGCCAAAAUCGCUGACUUAGAGGAAACGAAUAAAAUACAACUAGAUCACAUAGAGAAGUUAAAAAGAAUAAAUGAAAAGAUUAAGAAGAAGAAAAGAGAUCUUGUGGAAGAAAAUGAAAAAAUGGUGGAACAGAUUGGAGAGCUAAAAGCCGAUAAGGAGGAACUAAAAUUGAAGUUACAAUUUCAAACAUAUCCAGAGGAGCUAGAUCAGCUAAAAACUGAAAAUAGUGACCUGUCAAGUCAAGUAGAGGAGCUCAAGAAAGAAGUGGAAAGCUCUGAGUCAGAAUACAAGAGGCUACAAGAGAAGCUUAAGAAGUACAGCAAUUUCCAAAGUCGUAAGCACAUAUGAACUAAGAUAAAUGUGCUGUGAUAUCCGC